AUGAGGCAAACCGCCACAGAGUUCAAACGCGGGUCAAAGGCUGACCGCGACCUCUGCUGCUCGCUGUGCGGCUGGCGAGAGAAUCUGACAUCAGUACUGGAUCAUCUGGAGAAGAUUAUCCAAACAGAGAACUUCAGUUUCCACCGUCAGGUUUAUUAACGGACUCUGACUGCAGCGUGUCUCUGUCUCUGAUCAGUGAGGAGGUCAAAGGUCAACUUUAACUCCACUCUGGUUCAUAUAUCAAACAGUAUACCAAACUAAUCUACCAACAAACAUCUUAUAAUCCAGUUUUUAAGGAGUUUUUUCAGCUCUCUGAAUAAGAGGGUGAGCUGCACACUUUGGGAACCACCCGGCUGAUCUGACCCGGCCCCCCGAGUCUAUUGUCCUGUACCCUGAGGUUCACAAUAGGACCAAGAAUAGUAAAGUACAUGCAUGUAGUCAUGCCAAAUUCUGAGUAAUAUCUGAUGGCGUUCCCCUCCCUCCCUGCCAGCUCUUCUUUUAGAUCUCACAGCCUCUCGCUCCGUUUUCGACCCUCAUAUUGUAUCUGAACUGGAGCUAAUCAAACGCCGAGUGUGAUCCGGAAAAACAUGGCUGCCCGCUGGCAUUGUUGUGGCUCUGUGAAUCACUUCACAGUUUCCUUCUCAAAGAGCGCUUUGAUGAGAUGGAAAGGGAAUGAGGGAGAACUGAGUCAGGGCGAGGCGUGAGGGAGGAAAAGAGGAGGUGGGGGAGGAUGGCGAGGCGAGGGGAGGGUCAGCGGAGAGAAUCACGGCUGUAUUGUUGUGUGUUUUCCCACUCACAACAGCACAGGAAGUGGAACGGGGCAGCUAAAUAUACAAGGAGCACAAUGAGGCAGUGAGCGUGGAGCAGCUGUGGGACACGGCUGUCACCGGGUUUAGGAGGGUGAGACACGGAGGACGAGACGAGAGAGAGCGCGCACCACAACACGAGGACGCGCCACGACACGAGCACACACCACAACACGAGCACGCACCACAACACGAGCACACGCCACGACACGAGCACACAACACGAGCACGCGCCACAACACGAGCACGCGCCACAACACGAGCACACGCCACAACACGAGCACGCGCCACAACACGAGCACGCGCCACAACACGAGCACGCGCCACAACACGAGCACGCGCCACAACACGAGCACACAACACGAGCACGCGCCACAACACGAGCACGCGCCACAACACGAGCACGCACCACAACACGAGCACACCAAACACGAGCACGCGCCACAACACGAGCACGCACCACAACACGAGCACGCACCUGGAGAUGACCUGA